AUGGAGGCGAUGUCUCCCGCUGACACUUGCCGAGGAGGGUCGAUGCGAGGGGGAGGGGACAGGCAGAGCUCCGACCCUUCGUCCCCCGAGUUCGAGUUCUGGAUGGUCCGCAACCCCUCCUUGCCGCAGCCGGAUCUUCCCACCGCCGAGGAGCUCUUCGUCGACGGCGUCAUCCUCCCUCUUCGUCUCCGUCACCAACACCCGUCUGUAAUAGAGCAGGAGCUUGAGCAGGAGCAGGAACAGGCCACCCAACCACCGGGUCCGUCCCCCGCAGCUUCCGAUCCCCUCUCACCGGCUUCCUCCUCCCUCUCUAGUUCUGCUUCACUGGCAUCGUCUGCGCCCUUCCCUUCGAAGCGCUGGAAGGACAUCUUCAGGGGGGCGGGUCGCGAGAAGAAAGCGGAGGAGAAGGACAGGCGGAGGAGCCGGAAGAAGAGCGCUGGCGGCGUGGCGGAGCUCAACAUCAACAUCUGGCCCUUUUCCCGCAGCCGCUCUGCGGGGACCGGCAGCAGCAGAGCGAGGGGUGUCGCAGCAUCAGGGGCCACCGGGCGGCGAGUCAGCAGCGCGCCGUGCUCGCGGAGCAACUCCCGCGGCGAGACCUGCAAGCCCCCCGCCGCCGCUACCCACGCUGCCCCCGCCGCCGCUCUUACCCACGCUGCCCGCAGGUGGACAACCAGCCCUGGCCGAUCCGGAUUGGGCGUCCACAUCGGCCGGGCAAGCCCAGUUUGGCAGCCCCGCAAGGCGACCAAGAAGCCCCAUCCCGUCGCGACUGGCUUCUUCAGGACCAGCGGCGCCUCCGGCAACAGGAGAGCCGGCCGGGGCGGCGGGGGGUUGAAGGUCAACGCGGACCUCAACGCCUGUGGCGAGUUCAGUCACGAGGCGAGGUGCGGGGUCGAGAACAAACGGUGUUCGGAAGGCAGUGAGGAGAUCGCCGCCGGCGGCGGCAGUGGGAACGGCAGCCACUUUACCAGUCUCAGGGCUUUCUUUUCUAAGGUAUUCUGA